AUGACUACUGUUGGCACAAUAUAUUCUAUAUUUCCUAACCGUUAACACAAUUAAUCUCAGCGAUCAUGCGUGGUCGUGGUUAAGAAAACGAAAUCCAGGUAAAAAGAUGUUUUACACAGAAAAGUCUCAGUUCGCCAAAAGGGAUGAAUGGACAUAAUAUAUAGUUUCCUUGAUUGCAGAAAACACGCAAGUUGUGUCACUUUUGCUUUCUGUAAUAUUCAGUUUAUAUAUGCAUAAGCCAAUUUGGAUAAACUUAACAAUACAAUUCGUAAUAGUACAUUCAACCGCUACAGUAUCAUGGGUAAUGUAUAGAUCUGCCACAGCGCAGUACAAAAGGGGGGUGAGUUUUGGUAGCUACGCCUACGCCUAUGAUAUAUUCCGUCACCAUUUUUAACAGAUUUAAUUUGGAACUGUAGGAAGACCACGUCAUAAACAUUUAAGCCGGUUGAUUAAGUCAAUAGGACGUGACGUAUCAGCAAGGCAGUUACAAUACCUAUAUACAAAACCACAUAUAAGAAGUGUUUUACAGUGUGAGAAGUCGAUAUAGCACAAGAAUGGCGAAUGAAAACCAGCAAGACCCAACUAACUUACACAUUACUAUACCAAGUAUUGUGAUAAACAAAAUUGAUAACAGAUCAACUGGAAUGCAUAUACAAACCGCAGGUUCGUAAUGUUAAUCUGUUUAUUUUCGUGUCUCAAUGCAACACUUAGAUAUACCACGGGGUUCCCUAUUUCGCACCAUACGUGGUGACAGUAUCCAUUUAGUUCCUGUUUGUGAUUUUAACACCAAUUUUGACAAUAAAUGACCAUUGAUGUGGUAUUCUGGUCGCUUUUGUUAACGUUAGUAGGUCAAUAACACUAACAUAGAUUCAUUUCCUCAUAUUUAGUGGCUCGACUUGGUCAGUGUAUUUUCACGUUUAGUCAUCGGAAAAAUCCCGUGCAUAAAACCUUUACAUAAGCUGUAGGGCCUACUACACUACUACAGUUUAGUGUAGGCGGUCAAAAUCGACUAUCCAAAGCAAUUACCGAUAAGCGUUUAAUAUAGUUUGUGAAGUGAUUCUUCACAAGCUACGUCAUCGUUACAAGAUAUGCAAAUUAACCCACAAGGUUUGUUGAUAAAAACAUUCACUACAAGCACAAUAUAUAGUAAACAAAAAAUCUAGGUGGAGUGACGUCACGAAAACCAACGAUGGAAGCUAUAUUUGCACCUUCAGGACGAAAAUAUUACGAAGCUCACUUCAAGUCCUGUCGUCGCCUGGAAGUCGACCCUGCUUUUAUUGGACCUAGGGAUUUGGUCGACCAUUACCUAUGUUGUAUGUUGGUUAAAGAGGCGGAAGGAGCGAAACGAACCAAAGAUCAAAUUAAUGUGUUGUUAAAAGAGAAAGCUAAAACCAUGCCAAAUGAAAUCCAAGCAUUUGCUGACACUAUCCGAGGUGAAUGGAGAGGCAUGGAAGCGAUUUUAUUUUAUCAAAUAGCGGCAGAGUUUUAUGGAAAUCAAUCGGAAGCAGGUUUGGGCGGUAUAGCAAAUUGUGUAAUCCAGAUCAGAGAAUCCAUCGUGGCAAUGCUAACACUUGACGAAGAUAUGAUACCGAUCGUUCGAUCCAACGUGAUUACACUAAUGCAUGACAUGCAAGAAAUGAUUCGGCGAUCCAAUAACGUCAGUGAGGAAGAUCGGUGUUUAAAAGAAGCUGAAUGUUUGCAUGAGAUAGGAUACUGCGAAUACCUGGUUGAUGACAUGAAUGCUUGUGAAAAAACAUUCAUGGCGGCGAUUGUUGAGAUGGAAAGGGUGUUUAAGGAGAGAGCUGUAAAGUAUAAAAUAUACAGUAGUUGUUUAAACAAUCUCGGUUACACGUAUGAACUCACUUCUCGAUUCAAAGAUGCCUGUAAAUAUUUCCGCACAGCUAUUGAAACUUUUAGGAAAGCUGAAGAUGUCAACGAUGAUGAAAGAGAUAAAUGGACCGUCUUUUUUAACAGCAAUCUGGAACGAGCCAUAACAAAAAUGAAAUAACUCCAGUCAAAUUUUUCAUUCCCUUGUAAGAUUACCCCCAAUUGGAGACUUUUCAUAUCUCUUUUCAAUAAUGCGUAUACUAUAGCCAUUCAUUUAAACAUAUUUCACCUCGAAACUGUUUAUUGUAAACUUUGGUGGAAUUUCUUUUUGGG